UUAAUCCACCCUGGAAGCCGGUUUUAAAAUAAAUGAGUUAAGCCUUUUGUAGAUCGAAGUCAGCAUGCAGAAGGCUCUGUUUAUGUAACAGAAGUAAUUUAAGUCUUCAUGAGCUAGGGUAAGAGUUAAAAUACUGGCAAAGUGUGCUCCUCACUGUGAAUUUGAGGGACGCUUGCCCCUCUAAUGGCUUCAGAAUACAUUUAUUUCAGAUUCUUAACGUCUUCACUUAAGGCAGUUGGUUACGUUUGAGGGACAAGAGGAUCAAUUGUCAAGCAGCACUUGAUAAAAACUUGGAGACGUCUUGCACAACCGAUAAAAUCAUCAGAUGCUUUUCACUUUGUAAUCUCCCGCAAGUCACGCUGUAAGGAGUGCUUAAUGGCUUCGACCAAGUCUCCCUGCUAAGUCAAGCUUUAUUUCAGUUGAGAGCACAAUCGCUUGGCAAAACCACAGAAGGAUGGGUAGUGCCAAACUGCAUGUGGAAUAACACAUGACUUCAUGUUGGAAAGGAAGUUUAGAAUUUUUUAUUUCAGAGAUGUAAAUCAUGUAUUCAGUAAGAAGUAGCUGAUGUUUCAAUGAACUUUGUCAGUUAUUUCAAAUGGCAGCAAGAGGAAUGCUAGGCAUGCUAUACGCCUAACUGCUCCGUAGGCGUAUAGGUUACGGUAACACGCAGACGCGUUAGAAUGACGACGCAAAGGGCUGACCUUUGCGUUACAUCAGCCACGCUGAUGUAUGGAGACGGGCUAAAGAAACAGGGUGUGUUCAGCCUAGAGGAGGGAGGAUCUGACCACAGUCUUCCAUUACCGAGGAACUAGUUGCAGAGAAAGGUGGAGGUGCGCUCUUCACAAGGGAGCCUGGUGAUAGGGCAGGAGGCUACAGGAGUGAGGUGCUCCAGGGAGAAUUGCUUGGAUGUGGGAAAAAUGUUCUUCAAUUUAGCGCAGUUAAUGACAAAGAGGUUGCGCAGUGAAGUGCUGGAAUCUGCCUUGAAGACUUGCCUUGUCAGGGUCCUGGGUCUUUUCCGCUGAGGCCCCGCUUCCCACAGAAAGUGGGACCAGUGAUCUCUGGGGGCCCUGGGCAACCUAGACGUUUUUGUUCUGUGAUUUACAUUGCCAAGCUGUCGCAGGUUGCCACUGAGCUGAAACAGAGGCUCUAGUUUUACAUGGGCUUUUCCCUAGUCUUACUGAGUAAUGCCAACAAUAACACCAAUUGUUUUGAGAACUCUUGAGCAAUUAAUGAGCUGCCUGAGCUUAAAUUUAAUAUGUAGUCGUAGUAGCCACAGUACAUUAAAAAACCAGUGCCCGGUGUGUUGUACGUAAUGGCUAUGCAACACUGAAAAAACACUGUUUUCUGAAAAUCGGAACUGUCAGUUUGAAACUAUUUCAGGAUGCCUUAAUUUUUUGCUAGUGAGCACAGACUAAGCCUUCAAUUAGAAUAAAAUUUGUCAUCAUCUAAAUUCAUGCAUUUUUUGAAGUCAUGAAGUUUUUACUCAGCCACAAGUUUUUCAGUUCUCUUACACUGAUUUUUAGAUGAGUGCUCUGCAAGAAAUAUAUACACAUCUGUUAACAAAUUCUAAGCGGGGGAUUGAACCAUAAAUGGGUGUUCCCCAGUUUGACAGAAUUUGCCUUUUUGACGAGUUCAAGGUCACUAAGUUCAACAAGCCUCCUGAGCUGGUACUGCUGCAGAAGGAAAUGCUGUUACCCUUUUGUUCUUACUGCCCUUGUUCCUGCAUUUGUGUGGUUCCAUGGUGAAUUAGGUGGAGAAACUCAACUAAAUUAAAGAGAGACUUGUAAGAGGGGAAAAAAAGUCCUUUGUCAGUGAGUUGGUUUUGGUUCACUGCACUGCAGCAGGAAGAACUGCAUUUGUUGUCACCAGGCAGGGUGGUAGAGGAUGAAAUCUUCCACACAGUGCUGGUCCAUUCUAACUUAAGCUGUAGUGUGUCGACCACUAAGGGAGUGGAUACAAUGAUGCAGAAAUUUGAUUUCACGUUCUUUACUCAACUUACUGUCUCAGAGCCUUCACAAUUAUUCUUGUCUGUAGUUAUUGCAUGCAGCAUCAGCAUUGGUAGUUUGUAAGUAAUCUGGCUGCCACUGUUUCAUACAUGAUCAGUCAGUACUGUGAGAUUUUGCAGGAGAAUGCAAUGCUCCUUGUCUCUCAUGGAUUUCAGAUUGUGGUGCUUCAUGGUGCUCUUUGCAGCAAACUUACUCAGUUUCUCAGAUGGGUCACUUCAAAUGCUUUCUGAAUUCUGCUGAGAAGUCUUUCUCCAUGCCUGAAGAUGAAGAGCCAUCAGAAGUGUCUUUACUUGCUUGGCUUGGAGGGGAGCUUAAGACAAAUGAUACCUGUUUUGUAAGCUUUUGGUUGACAAUUGCAUUUUUCGCACUCUCUGGUCUGGAUAUGUUGGAUUCCUUAGAUGUGGUGAACAAAGAUGAUAUAAUAGAAUGGAUUUAUUCCCUGCAGGUCCUUCCCACAGAAGACAGGUCAAACUUGAAUCGCUGUGGGUUCAGAGGCUCUUCGUAUUUAGGGAUGCCAUUCAAUCCCUCCAAGGGUCCAGGUAUAUCUCAUCCCUACGAUAGCGGGCACAUAGCAAUGACUUACACAGGUCUGUCAUGUCUGGUUAUUCUUGGAGAUGACUUAAGUCGAGUAAAUAAAGAUGCCGUACUGGCAGGACUGAGAGCUCUCCAGCUAGAGGAUGGAAGUUUCUGUGCAGUACUGGAAGGAAGUGAGAAUGAUAUGAGGUUUGUGUACUGUGCUUCCUGCAUCUGCUACAUGCUCGAUAACUGGUCAGGCAUGGAUAUGAAAAAAGCAAUAGACUACAUUAGAAGAAGUAUGUCUUACGAUAACGGCCUGGCACAGGGAGCUGGACUGGAAUCUCAUGGUGGCUCUACAUUUUGUGGUAUUGCAUCGCUGUGUUUGAUGGGUAAACUGGAGGAAGUUUUUUCGGAAAAAGAACUGAACAGAAUAAGAAGGUGGUGUAUAAUGAGACAACAGAAUGGCUACCAUGGACGACCCAACAAACCUGUAGACACUUGCUAUUCCUUUUGGGUGGGAGCAACAUUGAAGCUCUUGAACAUAUUCCAAUAUACAAAUUUUGAGAAAAACCGAAAUUACAUCCUGUCAACUCAAGAUCGCCUUGUUGGUGGAUUUGCCAAGUGGCCAGAUAGCCAUCCAGAUGCUUUACAUGCCUACUUUGGGAUCUGUGGCUUGUCGUUAAUUGGAGAAUCUGGUAUUUGCAAAGUUCAUCCUGCCCUGAAUGUAAGCACAAGAACCUCAGAGCGCCUUCACCACCUUCAUCAGAUCUGGAACAAGGACUCUAAACAGUGUUCAGAUGACACACACCUCUCUACAUGACUGAUUUAGACUUGAAUUUAGUUCUGGUAGCAUAAUUGUAGCCCAAGGUUAAAAGCCAUGUAUAACCAAUGUGCUCUUUUAAGUGCUGGAGUCAUACAAUCAGAUCUGUGUUGCUGGCAUCACUUUGAUAGGGAGUUGCCUUCAGCAGGUUAUUCUGCAUUGUGAAAAAAUAUUUUGAUUAUAUAGGAGUUUGUCACCGCAGACUGUAAAUGGCUCUUCAAAUGGCUUUACUUCUAAGAAAUCCCUUGAGGCGUUUAAACUUCAUUUUUAUUUUAUUUUUUUAAAUUUGUGCAUACUGUGUCAAAAGAUAUAAUGGGGAUGUAUUUUCAAAAUCUGUUUACAUAUCAUACAGUAUAGCACAGAACCUUGGAGUUCUUUAUGAUCUUAAUGUUUGACAUAUUUUUGGGUAGAGAAUCUCCCAUAUUAAGUCUUAGUUAAAAGUUACCUUUUAUCGUGUACUUUCAGAUUCCAUAAGCUUUGUUUAAAAAAAAAUCAAGUAAAUACAAAUAAAAUUAUUUUAUUCAAUAUAC